AGUACCUCAAUGGAUCUUAGAUAUGGUUCAUCACCAUGGUGACAACGAUCACAAAGCCAAACACUACCAAAAUCACUGUUAUGCUUGUCUACAAGUAUUACACCAACUCUUGCCAGAUUACAACCCCAAGGAUUUCUCUGAAAGUUCAUCUUCAGGGAUUGGGACUUCCAUCAUGUCCGAAGCAAGGUUAGAAGAGGAAGCCCGAUUGGAGGAAGAGGCCCGAUUACGAAUGGAAGCUAGGGCUAGGGAGAAACAAAGACUAGAAGAGGAACGAUUAAAGCGAGAGGAAUACCAGAGGGAGAGAAGGAAGCAUCUUUACAAAGCUCCCAAAGCCUUCCAGCCCAAGAAGUUAGAGUCUAAGACCACUGAGGCUCAAGAUCCAUUCAACAAGGACCGCAGCCUGGACAUCCCCAAGAAUGAGGGCUUUAAGGUCAAGAAAUCCAGCAAGGCUGUUACUAAGACAAUGGAGAGCAGACGACCCGACAAUGCCUGGAAUGAACCCGACAAGUUUGAGCUGAGGAAACCAGCUCAGAAAGCGCCCUCGACAGAGUGGAAGCCACCUGAGAGAAAAGAGCGACUCAGGCCUGAGACACCACCUCUACCUCCACCACCUCCAGUUGCUAAGAAACCAACCGUGCCAAUAGUACCUAAGAAGAGAGAGAUCGUGGAGCCGAUAGCAUCUCUAAGAGAACCUGUCGAAGAACUUCCAAAGAAGAAGCUAGAGAAGACUAAGUUUGUGAAGCCACCCAUUAAGAAGGUUGAGAAGGAACCUCUACCUCCACCACCACCUCCUCCUGAACCAGUAAAAGCUAAAAUACCACCUCCUAAAAAAACACCUGUCCCUAAGGCAGUAACACCUCCUCCGAGACCAAUUGAGGUCCCUCCUAAGGUAAUUGAGAGAACCAAGCCAAUCGUCAGAGAAACACGCAAACCAGUCAAGAAGGAGGUAUUACCUCCUCCCCCACCACCAAAAGUGAUCGAGAAACGAGGCAAGAUAGAAAGAAAACCAAUCGUCGUUCAAAGAGAUGAAAAGGUUAAACCAGACGUGCCACCGAUGGUGAAAAAGAAACCUAAAGAAGCUCCAAAGAAAGUUAAUGAUGAGGAAAAUAACUCAGAGACUCAGAGACAACUCAAGAAGGAUCCAAUCCUGGUAAACUCAAUUGUCAAUGAUGACAAAAAUACGGCUGGAAGCAACAUGGCUUCUAUUGAGAAGGAAGAUAAACCAAAGCCCCCCAAAGCCAUAACCCCUCCACCCCCUCUCAAAGAGGACCCCAUUCCUGAACCACCCACUCCUAAAGAACACACUCCAGACCCUACACCUCCACCACCUGAAGAAUCUAGACCACCUACACCACAAGAACCCACACCCCCACCCAGAGAACCCACUCCCCCUCCUAAGGAACCUACGCCCACACCUAAGGAACCUACGCCCACACCUAGGGAACCUAGCCCAGCUAUUGAGAUCCCACCGCUGCCACCGAAAGAUCCAACACCACCUCCCCAAGAGCCAGAACCAGAACCAAUCUUUGAGAGUAAAGACAAAAAGCCUGUGAGACCCAAGCCACAGCGUAAGAAACCCCUUAAACCCAUCAAGAAGAAGACAAAGAAAGACACAGAAGCAGCCAAGAUUGACAAGGGCUAUAUGGACAUUCCUCAGGUGUCAUUCAGACACGAACCCGUUCCUACAUUAGAACCACCCAAAGAACCAGAGCCAGAACCUGAAGCUUUGGUGGAACCAGAGCCUGAGCCAGAACCACCAAAACUACCAACUCCUGCACCAUCUCCGCCACCACCACCCCCUGCAGAACCAGAAGCGCCUCCUGCUCCAGUCACAAAACCUGUCAAGAAAAACCGAAAUGCUAAGAUGCCUAAACCAGUCCAACCCAAGAAACCUAUCGCUGUUAAGGCUAAGAAGAUUCCAGAUAAACCCAAAAAGAAAUCCAAACCCUUUGUCAUGCCAGUCAUCAAGAAAUUACCCGAGCCAGUGGCACCCCCACGAUUUUCACCUUCCCCUGAGCCCACGCCCAAUAUAGAGGUACCACCUUUACCCGCUAUACCCAUCCCUGAGGAGCCCAAGGCGCCUACCCCAGAGCCAGAAGUGGAGCUGCCACCUCUCACCCCACCUUUGACUCAAGAACCAAUUGUUAUGCGCAGGAGACGGGAAUACAAACCGAAGAAGCGGAAAUGGCGCAAGACCGAGGCCACACCUGAUGGCCAUGAGAGUCCUGAGCCUAUCAUGAUUGAUGCGUUGGACUACCUAGCCAAGUACUGCAUUGUUCAUAAACAGCGAAUACCUCAUUACCAGCAUGUUUUCAAUGGUGUACUCCGCAAGAAAGGUAUCAAGAUUGAAGAAACAGUGCCUAGUGUCCCAACCAUGGCAACGCUUCAAGUCCACAACAGCACACAGUCUUCAAACGUUCGAGAUAGUUUAAAAUCUGAUCAUGACAAUGCAUCAGUUACCACGGAGACCUCAGGGUAUGGUAGUGCUGCAAAUGAUGACCCAUCGUCCAGUGGGGAGGAUUUUAAGAAUGCUUUUACAGUUGCCAAGACUAUAAAUGAAGAAGAUUACAUCAGCCCUAUGGCUCUUACUGGCUCUGGGAAAGAGAGUGGCACUGGGAAGGAGGUUGACCAGGGAGGGGCUACACACUUUUUUGGUUCUGAUGCAUUUGCAGCUGAUGAGUAUUUAGAUAAACUUGCUUUCCAACUGGACAACCUCUACAAGAAAUCAAACGCUCUUCAGUUGAGCAUCGUUGAAUCAGCCGAUGCUAGACGAAGGACCCUCGCAGGAUUUACAAGGCAGGAGUUUCCAGAGAUACUAAGGCCUGGAUAUGACCCAAAUGCUGCCAUGAAAGCAAAUCCAAAAGGCAAGAAAAAGAAAGGUGAGGUAAAGUUCAUCUCUGUGGUUGAAGAGCUUGGCUAUGGCAACCAAGAUGAUGCUUCAAACCUUGAGGAGGUUUACCCUGAGAAUGACGACUGGGUGCUGGAGCGUUUGACUACAUCACAUCUUCAAAUGUUGGAAUCCGACCCAGCUGUGAGAAGACUGGACUUGGAACAUGAACGAGCCCAAGAAAAAUAUGAAGUUGUUCAAGAUAGAAUAGCUGGACUACUGGAUGAAAAAGCAAGAGUAGCUUGGAAAGAAAGCUCCUUAAGGGGACAGGAACUUAUCAGUCGUGCAGCUUCAAACGAUGACUUCAGACGUAAACAGAGUAUUAUGUAUCAGAAGAUGAACCCAGUACAGGAGCAUGAAGUGGAUGUGACAGACUUAGAGCCGUCUCUGAGACAAGUAAACAGCUACCUCAUAACGGAGAAGGAAUGCCAAUAUAUUUACCAUGUGCUGGACUUACCCCAGAGACAUAGGAUAGACUUCAAGCUCUUCACUGUGGUAGCUGCACUAUCAGAGAAGGUCUCCAGAUUGGAGCCGUUCAUCAGGAAGAUGAUCAAUAAGAUGAACUUUGAGGCAUUGGAGGUCAAGAUGCAAAGAGCAAAGGAGCUGUUUUUCCUGCUUGCUGAUGAUGAUGAUGCAGAUUACAAUGGUGGUGAAGUACCAAUUAGUAACCUUAUUGUAGAUCUGGAAGCAGGAGGACUCAAACCGGAACAUGUUAAUCUGGUUGCUGAGAAAUUCAACCGAGAAGGCAAAGGGACUGUGGACUUCCUGGAUUUUCUUACUUACACCCCACUAUUCAUCGACAUCCAUGAGAAUAUUAUAUCAGACCCACUUAGUUUAUCUCGAGAAAGGUGACACCCAAAUUACUUGACUAAUAAGAAGAAGUAUUAAAGAAAUGGCUCCAAUACCUAGGCUGUAUUUCACAAAGUACCAAGACUCAUCUUAAGAUGUCAGUAACGCCACGGUGAUUUUUACAUGUAUUUUGACACCACAGUUUGCAGAGCAAUAUGUAGUUGAUACUAUUUGGGCUGACCUCGGCUCAAAACAUUGUGACCACCAGGGUUUUGCAAUGCUAGAAAUUGGUUUGUGCCAUCCAGGCUGAUCCUGGGCCGCACAAACAGCCAGAUCAUGUUCUAAUCUGAUGACGUUGAGGUCAUCGAUAACAAGUGAUAUGUAGGUGUAGCGCAGGCUUCCACCCUGUCAAAGGGUUCAGAUGGUUGGUUUUGUGGAUUUGGGAAGGCAGCCAGGGGAACUUCAGGUCUUUGCAGAGUGUGGCUAACUAAACGAAGAUGACGUUGUUGUGGCAAAUGCUACGCACGUAACAAGUCUGUGCUGGAAAGUCCACACCAAGGCAAUAAUGUAUGAGAGCACAGUGAGAAGCGUCGAGAUUUUUGGCCAUGGUGUGUCGGUGAUUGCUAGAGCUUGAAACUUAGCUCUUUGUGAAAUGCUCCAUCUUAUAUACAGAGCUUCCAACUCUCCCUAAUACAACAGAAGGUUCCCUGAAAAUGAACCAAUCCAUGUUCUGAUGAACACAUUUAAAUUCUCCCUGAAUAUGGAAACUUUGUGCCAAUUAUAUGUACACAAUCUUCCUUACAAUCUUCCUUGGCUUUAAGUGGAAUAAGAACUUUUGUAAUUGUGUUCAAGAGUAAGUGAAUUAUUUGACUAAUCAUUUGAACUGUGUAAUGAAAAUUGCUUAGUGAUAUAGGGUAAAUGAAAAUCAUGGAAUUGAAGAGUGAGAUUGUUCAGGACUUGGUGGCAAUUGUUCCAUUUAAUUGGUUUGUUAUAGAUAGUUAGUUUUGACAAUGAUUUUUGAAACAAAGUCUACAAAAAAACAAAACCACAAACCUAAAAAAAAACAAGGUUUUCUCAUAAUUGAACAUGUUAUUCAUAUCACAAAGCCAUGUUAGAUUUUAGGAUAAGUGCAAUCGUAACAAUUAUUUUUUUGGGGAGGGCAAAUACAUAUCUUUCGUUAUCUCCCCUCCUCCUUUUUGUGCACUUUCCGAUUUGUUCAAUCUUGAAAUUUUUAAUACAUGUAUAUUAUGCGUAUAGAAAAUUAUUAUUAACAUAUGUAUAUAUAUUAGAACAAGUAUUUGCAUUAUGUUUCAUUUUGACAAUAGUUUAUUUAAUUUACUGCAAGAUUACUGUGUU